CGGCGCCUUGGACGCGAAACGCCCUUGCGACAUCCUGGACGCCUUAACGAUCGACACCAGGGCUGGUAUCACCAUGCAAGAGGAACGUCAAAUCACAGCCGACAACCAACCUUUGACGCAAGACCACGGUCUCCGUCCUCCCUCCGGUUCGCAGGCAGCGCAGACACCUGCUGUGUCAGCUCCCAGCUCUUCAUUGCCGACCUCUGUUCUUGGUCAGCGUCCCGUUGCUGGGACGUUCGGUGGCUCUACGACGACAGCCCCUGCAUGUUACCUUGCACCGGAGGGCAUAACAGCCAACCCCACAUCGGCACCUACACCGCUGCUCUUCUCAUCCUUGUCGUCAUCGGUUUUGCAUGGGUACUUCGACCCCGUGGUGAAACAAUGGGUGCCGUACACAACACAGGUUGUCUCCCCGUGGAUGGGUGAUCGUGUUAUGGGCCCGCUGUCGGCCAGCAUUCCUCCACAACAUCUGGUCAAUCUCCCACAUUCACAGCCUUCUCCACACGUUCCUGCUACGCAUGGGACUGACCAGCUUCCACGUCCCGUUGUUGCCCCAGACACAGUCCUUGCUGAGCAGCCUGGAACGAAUGGCAAGCGCUCACCUGAUGCAGAGCUUGAGCAGUUGGCAUCAAGGGUUGCAAGGUUGGAGAUGUACUUCGGAGCAUCGUCAUCGGUUUUGCACGGGUAUUUAGACCCCGUGGUGAAACAAUGGGUGCCGUACACAAUGCAGGUUGUUGCACCUCCAUGGAUGUGUAGCGGCGUUUCCCCUCCCCCUGUGUCGUCGAGCAUUCCUCCACAGCCUUCAGUCACGCUGCCACAUUCACAGCCUUCUCCAGACGUUCCCGUGUCUCAUGGCACUGAACAACUUCGACGUUCUGAUAUCGCUGCUGAAAGAGUCCCCACUGCGCAGCCUGGAACGACCAGCAGGCCCUCACAUGAUGCAGAGAUUGAGGAGUUGAUAUCAAGGGUUGCAAGGUUGGAGGCAUACUUUGCAGCUCUGCAUCAGCAGUUCCCAGUGCAUGGGGUGCGUUUACCUGUCAAAGAGGGUAACGGGCUGCCCAAGGCGAGACAUUCAGAGCCCCCGCUUUCACCUGCGCAGUCGACGGUAGUCCGCCAGCCACACUCUCCUCCAGUGGAAAGGGCGGGGGACAAUUCCGGCGCACAGUGCAGUGAUGGACGAUGUUACACUGACGCCGACCUUGCUCGCAUGCAAGCGACUAUCAGAAUGAUGCAUGGGGGCUUGCAGCCUGUGAAGGACUCAGAUGCAGGUGUUCCAGCUGGCUGCGCAGCUGGUGCCCACAUUGUGGGAGCCCUGGCUUUACGCAAAGGCCAGCAGUUUCCUGACAUGACUAGUCUACGGGACAGCCUCGUCCGGUAUGCCGUGGCAUGUAAUUUUGAGUUUGAGACCAUUCGGUCGAGCCAGACCCGAUUCGCCGCAUCCUGCUCAUCCCCAGGUUGCACUUGGCACGUAUCUGCACGUGCACCCAACGAUCGUGUGGGUGCUCCAAUAGUUGUGAACCUUGUGAGGCCCCACGACAAGGGUUGCAAGAUGCAUUUCAAGGACCGCAAUCAGCAUGCUGGUGCUAGGUGGGCAUCCAAGAUUAUUGCAGAGGUGGUGCGCAACACUCCAGCAGUGAGUGUUGCACAGAUCAUCUCGGAGUUGGAGAGCGAAUGCGGCCAGCUGUUGCCGUACGAUGUGGCAUAUCGUGCUCGGGACAUGGCUGUCACCCUCGUCAGUGCCGAUAACGAUGAUGGGUACAGACACCUCCAGACUUACUGCAGACAGUUGCAGGAUUGUAACCCGGGCACUGUUGCCUCUGUCGAGUGGGACGGGGCGUCUUCUUUUGUUAGAUUUUUUUCCGCAUUUGGCACAUGUCUUAAGGGGUUCGUGCAUUGUCGCCCCGUACUGGCGAUUGGCACCGCACGCUUGACGGGCCGUACACCGCGUACCCUGCUCACAGCUACCGGGUAUGAUGCAAUGGGAAGGCUGUACCCUGUGGCAUUUGGGGUGGUUUCCACUGAGGACAAGUCCCACUGGACUUGGUUCCUAACGAUGUUGAGCAAUGCAUUGCGCACAGUUGAGCGCAUGCACCCUCGAUUGGCGUUCAUAUCGGAUAGACAACCGGGUAUCCUCGCAGCGGUGGAGCACGUUUUUGGGGACGUGUUUCAUGCUUCUUGCAUGAGGCACAUCCUAAAUAGUAUAAAGGGGGUGUAUGACAUUCCUGGUCUCGGAGGCUUAAUGUGGAGGGCUGCUCGUGUGCCCAAACAGCACACGUUUGAUGGUGUGGUGUCAGCGAUGCAGGCUGCAGCAGGCUCUCGUGAGCCAGUGACACGCUUGUUCCAGCAGUUUCCCCCUGAGCACUGGGCAUCUGCAUGUGGUUUGGGCGGAUGCCGCUUUGAUGCGUUGUCGAACCAUGUUGACUCCCUUAUCGAUGUGUUGGGGGAUGCUCAUGAGCUUCCACCUAUGCACCUCUGUGAGGCUAUUAGGGAGCGUUUGCAGCAGUGGUUCGACGAGCGGAGAGAUGCAGCGGCUCGUUUCCAAGGUGUCGUCCCACCACGUGUGCAGCGGAGGUUGCUCGAUCCUGUUAUUCAGGCUGCACGUUUUUGGGUCCCCAAGAGCACUGCGGCUGGUAAAUAUGAGGUCAGAGGAGCUGACACCCCCACAUCUGCAAGGGUAAGCAGACAGGUGGAUCUUGAUGCACGCACCUGUGAUUGUGGGUGGUGGGCAGUGUUGCACCGGCCAUGUCGGCAUGCUGUUGCUGCAAUGUCAGCAGAACAGCUAGAGGUGCACAAGUUCUUUCAUCCGUGCUUUACUGUGUCAGCGUUGAGGGCGUCUUAUGAGGGAGGGAUAUCCCCUGCCCCUCUGCCUGCAGAGUGGCAGAGCACAGUGACGGAGGAAGAGAUCGGGCCAUUUGAGGCUGUUCCCAAGGCAGGGCACCGAAAGAAGGCCCAUAACAUCACUCGGCACAAGGGACUCGGAGUGAUUAAGCAGAGAUGUGGCCUGUGCGGGACGUAUGGUCACAAAAAGUCAACUUGUACUCAUGCAGCUGACAAACAAGCUCGAGCUGCAGGCAAGGAUAAGGACCUGGCGGCACCCUUGCAGACUCAGGCCGAGGGCAGGCAGGAGAGAGCGGAAGAGGGCACACUUGGCACGAUAGAUGACAGCACAGCUCGCGAGACACAUCCCAGGGGGCGACCCCGCAAGCCACUCCCAGAUGGUACGCCUCCUCCCAAACGACCCAGAGGGCGUCCCCGAAAGUCUGAAGGUCGUCCAGAUCCACGACCUGGGACUGGAGCUGAUGACAGCAAGCCCGCAGUGUACAUGCCUCCCGAUGAGGAUGAAGGGCAUGAGGAUUCUCAUUCCAAAGAGGAGGGUGGAGUGGAUGAUAUCAUCGACUUAGACAUUCGCAUACGUCAUGUUCCCGUCGAUGCUGACGGAGAUGAGCAGCAUGGCAGAGCAAGGCCGUCGGAUACAGCCAUACGUGCUAGACAUGUUACAGAUGAUGUCUCACAGGGGAAUGGCUCCACGCAUGACACCAGGCCGCAAGCAGGAGAGGUACUCCUUCCCAUUCUCAAGGGGAGGGGGGAUGAGGCACUGCCCAGGAGUGCAUGUGUUGAAGAGGCAACGGCCCAACUAGGAGGAAACAGAGUUGCAGGUGUCAUAUGCAGUAUAUGACAUGAUGAAGAGGCACGCAAAGCGCACAGGAGAGGGAGCCGGCGUGGACACAGGUCUAGAGACCAUGUUGGCAAUGGUGGUUCUGUUAUGUAUAGAUGUAAUGCUGACAUUGCCACCAGCAUUCGUAGUGAGAGUUACGCAGACACUGCUUGGGAUUUGCACAGCGAUGACAAUUUUGCACACAUCGGUAGCAUACAGCGUGCCGGGCAUGCAUAGUAGGGAGGUAGAGGUUGCAGUUUUAGUUGUA